AAUACUACAGUAUUUGAGUGACCUACGGUAGGAAGUGAAUUAUACUUCAAGCGAAUUUGAAAUAAUCUCUGAUACUACCUUGUAUAAAGCUGCUGCAUUAUUUAACGGUGAAGCUAUCAAUGGCAACAGAAGCAGUUUUGAGGCCGCAUGUCGAUCAAGAAAAUCCGAACCCCUUGAACUUCAAAGGGGGAAAUGCGUCAGGGAGAAAAUUUGGAGCUGCAAAAUCCUUUAAGUCCAGCAAUGUUCCCUUAACCACUCCAAGACGUGCUCUGGGAGAUGUAGGGAACACUCUAAAACCAGCUGCUUCAAAUUCAAGAAAAGGACUUGCUUUGAAACCAAACAAGCUGAUUGGAAAGACGCCAACAACAACAAAGAUUUUUCAAGAUCAUACCCGAACACCAUCGGCCAAAGGAAAACCACUCUUGCAACAAAUUAGCUCUGCUGGUAUAAAACAAAGUAGCAAACAGAAAACUGCAACUCAAACAAAGACAGCAAUGAAACCAAGAACAAAAGAGGAUCAAGACUUGACUGAAGGAGAAGUGAUGUAUCCAUUUACUGACACAGAUGGUGUCCUUCUAAGGUCAAACUAUAUUUCAACAAUUUUGAAGAAUGUUGGAGCUCUUUAUUAUGGCUGUCAGUUUCAACCCACUUAUUCCACUGAUUGUGAUGCUGAAGACAACGCAGCAGAUUCUUUUCACUUUGAUGAUUACAAAAGACCAACAACAGAUAACACUCGUGACUCACUCCCGUUCGAAAGAGACCUGGAUUCCUUAACUCCUCAAUUUGAUUCCUUCAGCCUUUCGGAUAUUGAACUGCCGCCGGUGGAAAUUGAUUCUCUAGGGCUUGGAUUAUUGUAGAAAUUCAACAUUUUUUCUCUAGCUGUACAUAAAAUUUAAUAACAUUGUUUGUUAUUAAUUUUGUUCUUUUGGAAGGAUAUGUCAAAUCUGUCUAACGCGUUAUUUUUUAACAAUACUAUCUGAGACUUUCUUUAAGUAAGUCUCCCAUUUCUCUUUGCUUCUGUAUAGUAUUAUCAUUUAAAUUUGGCAAGUUCCCUGUAUUUAAUAAUGUCAUGUGUGAAUCUUUUCUUAGUUAAA